AUGAUGUCCCCUCGCCAGCUUAUGCGCAACUCGAACAUGACACAGAAAUGGCAGAGGCGAGAGAUAUCGAACUUCGAGUAUCUCAUGUUCCUUAACACCAUCUCCGGACGUACAUACAACGAUCUCAACCAGUAUCCGGUCUUCCCGUGGGUUCUCACCAACUACGAGAGCGAGGAGCUAGACCUCAGCCAGCCGUCCAACUACCGUGACCUCUCCAAGCCCAUCGGAGCUUUGAACCCAAGCCGCCGCGCGUACUUCGAGGAGCGGUACAACACUUGGGAGCACGAGUCCACACCCCCCUUCCACUACGGAACCCACUACUCCACCGGUGCCUUUGUGCUGAACUGGCUCGUACGCAUUGAACCCAUGACCACGAUGUUCCUGGCCCUGCACGGAGGCAAGUUCGAUCACCCCAACCGGCUGUUCUCGUCGAUCGCGUCUUCGUGGAAGAAUUGUCAAAGGGACACCUCUGAUGUCAAGGAGUUAAUCCCGGAGCUGUUCUUCCUGCCGGAGAUGCUGGUGAACAGCGCCGGCUACAAGCUGGGCAUAGCGGAGUCGCCCUCGGGCGACGUGCUGCUGCCGCCCUGGGCUUCCUCGGCCGAGGAGUUCGUGAGGAUCAACAGGAUGGCCCUGGAGUCCGAGUUCGUCAGCUGCCAGCUGCACCAGUGGAUCGAUCUCAUAUUCGGGUACAAGCAGCGAGGGCCGGAGGCGGUGCGCGCGACGAACGUGUUCUACUACCUGACGUACGAGGGCGGCGUCAGGCUGGACCAGAUCACGGAGCCGGUGACCAGGGCCGCGGUGGAGGACCAGAUCCGCAGCUUCGGGCAGACGCCCGCCCAGCUGCUGAGCGAGCCGCACCCGCCCAGGGCGUCCAGCAUGCACCUGGCGCCGCUCAUGUUCUCCGCCGCGCCCGACGACCUCUGCAUGCGGCUCAAGCUGCCCUCCAACGCGGCGGUGGUCCACGUCUCCGCGAACACCUACCCGCAGCUGGCGAUGCCCGCCGCAGUCACGGUGAGUGCGGCGAGGGCGUUCGCUGCCCACCGCUGGGCUGGCGGUGGCUGCGCCCACUCUGGCGCCAGGGCCGACCUGGCGCCCCACCACGGGCCCCACCACCACCACCCGCUGAUCAUGGACCCCGUCUGGGAAUCGCUCUCGUCCGCAGCCGGCGGCGGGGCGGGCGCCCUCUCGCGGCGGCAGCUCGGCGACAACUUCUCGCAGCGCGUGAAGGCGCGCACCAACUGCUUCGUCACCACGGUGGACUCGCGGUUCCUCAUCGCGGCGGGCUUCUGGGACAACAGCUUCCGCGUCUUCUCCACGGAGACGGCGAAAAUAGUACAAAUAAUCUUCGGCCAUUACGGCGUGGUGACGUGCGUGUCUCGCUCCGAAUGCAACAUCACGUCAGACUGCUACAUAGCCUCGGGAUCCGAAGACUGCACAGUGCUGCUGUGGCAUUGGUCGGCGCGCCACGGGGGCGUGGUGGGCGAGGGCGAGACGCCGUCGCCACGCGCCACCCUCUCGGGCCACGACGCGCCCCUCAACGCGGUGCUGGUCUCCGCCGAGCUGGGCCUCGUGGUCUCCUCCUCCAUCAGUGAGUGGCAUCCCACCAGGAGUGGACUCUUUUAUGACUACCGACUACUGAUAGGCAUCCGAAAGUUUCUAGACGGUGAUACCCGAACGUGGCCUUUCAAAGCAACUGAUACACUG